GUUCCCGAAACAUUUGAAAUAGAAAUCGUACGUUGGAUAGCGAUAAUACAGAUUAUUAAUACCGCGUGAAAUUAUGUUUGAAAUUGGUGACGCGUGAUAUAAGAACUCAACGUUUUUUGUGUUUUAAAAAAUUAUAAUAUGACAGUUGUAUGAAGUAAAAACUUUGGCCACAUGCACGUCGGAUUUUAUUUAAGUUUUGUGCAUAUGAGUGUCUUAAAAAUCAUAGUAUUAUAAUUAAAAUUAUCACGUAAAGUUGAGUGUCAUAAUGUGCUUAUAUAAAUAAAAGUGAAAUGGUUUGUUUGUUAUUUAUAUGUAGUAAAUUAAUAACAAAAUAAUGCAUAUAGAGUGAUGAGAAUGUUUACACCCGAGUUUCAUUUCUCAAGUAAAUUAUUGGAACUGUUAACAAGAGGAAAUGCUCAACGAGAUAGCUUCACCUUCGCUCCUAGUGAUGGUGAAGGUGGCGGGGGUGCGGCGCGGCGGUGCGCGCGCGAUGCGGCGUCGCCCGCGCACGCGCCCGCGCACGCGCACUCGUCGGCGCCCGCGCCGACCGCGGCAUCCUCACACGCCGUUAAGAUUGAACGACUCAGUCCGCACGACUCCACACCUUCCAGGUCCCGUAGCGUGACGCCAUCGACUUCGUCGUAUCCGAGCACGCCGCCUGAGCGCGGCAGCCCGCAUGCGCCGCCUGCGCCUGCGCCUGCGCCUGCGCACCCGCCCCGCAACUAUUCGGACAUCAUGCGCUCGCUCGCAGCUCGGUACAACACACACCAUUCAAAUGAUUACUUCAACCGCCUGAAUGGCUUUGGCGUUGAUAGAUCGCCGGCACCAACGCCAACAGAUUCAAAUGAAGUGCCCGUUGGCGGUCUGUUUGCGAAGCUAAUAAAACAACAGGGUGGCUCGCCCCGGAUUCCAGCCUUUCCCGGCGUGAUUGACAUGAGCUCCACGAAGGCGUUAUUGGCAAUAUCUCGAGUUGGUCGCGGAGGGCGAUCACGCCGUAAGCGAAUCGGUCCUGGUGUAACUGCGGAGCAUUCUCCCCUGGAUCUGUCCGCGGCGGGUGAGAGUGCAGCGAAACGCGCUAGGCUCUCCAUCAGUCCAAGCACAAGGAGUGACGGAGAUGAUCGAGACAGGGUCUCAAAUGAAGAUCGAAGUGAAACACGCGAAUGCUUGUGUGCCGAGGCGCGCGCUCGUCUCUCCGCGUGGACGGUAGACGAAGUUUGCGACUUUGUAACUUCCAUUGACAUCUGCGCAGAAUACGCUACAAAAUUUCGCGACCAGAGAAUCGACGGCUCAGGCCUGCCACUUCUUACAGAAGAGCACCUGACGGGCAUGCUGCAAAUGAAGUUGGGUCCAGCGUUGAAAUUGCGUGCCGUGGUCGGGCGGAGAUUAGAGGCCUGUGCUCAGUGUCAAGCGAACACAGCGGCUGCUGCCACGGCCACGGCGACGACCCCGCCCAACGCGCCCAAAAUAAAUGGCACAGCAUUAAAAUCAGAGCCCAGAAGCAACACAACUAGCCCCAGUUAGAAAAACAAAUUUAUAUAUAAUUAGACUGAAUUAACGGGCAAUUUAAGUUACAAGUUUAACCUGGCGAAGGUGGUAUUUGUAUAAUUUAGAUAUUUUUUUUUUUUAAUUUUACGUGGACUUGAAUAAUUUGUAUUGUCUUAACGGUUGGUUUCUACGAACUUUGUUAUGAAACACUGGUAGUUCGCUUUUACAUAGAAUGGAUUUAAUGUUAAUUUUUUGUUCAUUUCAAUUUCUACAAGUAACUUCUCAUUCUAUUCAUUAACGAACCACCGCGUAAUACAUACAUACAAUAGUUAAGCCACAUGUUAAAAUGCAAAAAUUUCUCGAAGUGUAGUAAAAUUUUGUUGUUUUGAGUGAUUUAGUAUUACUUAAAACUUAAUAUUGGUAUCUUUAAAUUCUUUAUAUCGAAUGUUGCCAAUAUGAAAGGGUCCAAUUUUCUAGAAUGUUCCAUGCGAGUUUACUUCAUAAUUCGGGAAAUGAUUUCUCUUCGUCAUUUGUUAUACCGUUACUAAAUUUUAGUCAUUCAGUUCACUAUAGUCUUCCUGUUAAUAGAUUAUGCAUUUAGUUACAAAUUACGACGCUUAGGAUAUCUUAGCGGCUAAGGGUUGUAAAUAAGUUGUUGCCGUCCAAAUGUGUUGUGUCGUUUUAAUAUACAAAUGUAUAUAGUAAAAGUUUUUGAAUGUUUGAAAAAAAAAAUUCACAGAAAAGUUUUUAAUGCCGGAGUAUUUAUUUUUUUUUAAUAUAUUCAUUGAUUCAUUUUAAUUAAUUUUUUGAUUUAAUGUAAAUUUUUAAUCACAUACAAAGUCUUCAUCGAACAAAUAGUUUCGGUGCUAAAAGACCCUGAUAAGAAUAUUUGAAAAUAUUUUAGUAUUUACUUGUAAAUAAUGGCCUUACUGUAAAAAUAUCUAAAUUUGAGGCUACUUAUGUCUUAACUAUAUAAUACAGGGUCGCAAAGUUAGAAACUCUCUGUAUAUAAUUAUAUACGUUUAUUUUAUAGUUAUCAUAUAUUAACAUUUGUCUGUAUGUAUAGCAUUUAUUUACACCACACCUGAAGAAAGCUCAUUAUAGGACAGUGUAAUGUAAUUUCGUCUAGAAAAUACAUAAAUAUGUUAUGACUUUUAGUUAUUAUAUUACUUAUGUAAAAUUGAAGUAACUAUUUGAUAUGCCGCAUAAAUACAAUUAAAUUCCUAUCAUAUGCAACGUAAGUUUGUACAUAUCGACGUUCGAUUUUUGAAUUACAAUAUUUUAUUCUGUAUAAAAUAUACAUUAUUGCAGGGAUAUUAUAAAAAAAUACAAUCUGUGGUAAUCUCCUUAAUUGCCAAAAUAGUAUAUUUGUAACGAUAUACCUAUUUCAAAUUUAAUACAUUUUUUAAUAAUAUUUACGUGACACUGACAAUAAUUUUAAGAAUUAUAAUUAAAAUAAUUACCUAUGUCGAAUUAGAUGAGAAUAUAUAACAAAAAUCCAUGAAACAAUUUUAAUUCAAAUAUUAAAUUGCACAUAGAAUAUAAAAAAUAACCACCAUAUUGAAUCAUUGAUAGCAUAUUUAUAAGUAAAAUAUAAGUGAAAGGUGCUGUUUUGACGCAAAGUUACAUACAAUUCGUGCCUUAUUCCAAGUCUUCCUCGUAUUAUUAUCAAAUUAUAUUAUAAUUUUUUAAUAUUCUUUCUCAAAGUAUUACGGUUGUAUGCUUUAAAUUGGAUGAUAAUAAUACAAUAAAUAAUAGUUAAUAAGGAUAUAACGGACUAGUAACUGCUAUUCGUUAUUAUUAUAGAAUUGAUAUAUGCAGCUUUUGUUAACAUAUGUACUUUAAUGUGAAAUAGUGACUUACAUUUGUGUAAAUUUCGUGUACCUUAUUUUGUUUUGAAUGUUUGAUGUGUGUGUAAAUAAUGUCGAUCGACUUAAAACUGAUAUUUCAUUAAAAAUGUAAAUAAAAGUAGCUUGCUUGUAAAUUGAUAAUAGGGAUGAAUACACCGUACGUCAAAGUUCUUGUUUUUUUUUUUUAAUUAAUCAACAAUAGCUAGAAUCACUACCUACUUGUUGUACGGCGUAUUUUCUUUGUUAUCUACAAUACCUAACAUAAUUUCCAAUUUAAGCUGAGCAUGCUACUUAAAAAAAAAACAAUAGUCUUAUAAAAAUAUAAAUAAAUACUUUUUCUUCACUGUAUUCAAUAACGCAUUACAUUUAUUUUUUAUCUGUGACAAUAAUUAUUCUAUGACAGCUGUGGUGUUCGGUUUUGUGUAUGGCAAGGUUUUAGUCACUUGUUAAUUUCCUUAAUUAGGUACUUACUUUAUUUUAAGAUUGUUUAGUUAUAAUUUCGGAUAAAGUUCAAUCCGAUUUUAAGUAUUUAUGUGAAAAGAAUAAAACAAUGAUUUAUUCAAUACUCUUUUCUUAUUUUUUAACCUUACAAAGUA